UAUGGGCCAUGGAGCAAAUUAAGUUACCAGGCGUCGCAUAGAAGUUACUAACGUUAUUUAAGGUUAGAAGUACAGUUUCCAAUGUUAUACUUCAAGUAAACGUUUGACAAUUUUGGGAAGUGUGCAUAUUUAAUUUUCUGCGGAGAGUUAAAUGGGAAAACAAAUGUUGUCAAUUUAGCAAAACAUAAUUUAAAGCUUAUGCCAAUGGGCCAAACCAAACUUUUUCUCAUAGACUUAAGUCGGGAAAGAGACGUCUAUUAAUCAGCAGAUUCACUCAAUAGCCCUUAUUUAAAUCAUUAUGUUAAAAAAAUUGUACAUUUGUAACUCAGAUCACCAUGGAUGUAGAAAAUCUACUUUACGGUUAAUGUUUUAGUGAGUGAGCUUAAUGAGUGAACUUUACAGAAACAAGCUAUCUGUUUUCAGUCUGUAGGCUAAGUGUAUCUAACUAAGCUACCUGUUUCCAGUCUUUCACUAAGCGAAGUAGCUAGCUGUUUCCAGUCUUUCACUAAGCGAAGUAGCUAGCUGUUUCCAGUCUUUCACUAAGCGAAGUAGCUAGCUGUUUCCAGUCUUUAAGCUAACUAGCGAGCAGUUGUCACUAUUUCUGCUAAAUUAAGCUAAGUAGCUAGCUGUUUUUAGUCUAUGCUAAACUAGGCUAACUAUCUGCUGGCAGUAGCUUCCUUUUUAGCAUACGAGUAGGCGAGUGAUAUCAAUCUUCACAUCUAACUCCUGGAGGGAAAAAAAGCAAAUAAGCAAAUCAAUAUAUAUUACUACCAAUGCCCUCCAUGGUGCCUCUUUGCCAGAAAAGAGACUAUGGCCAUAUUGCAGUUGCACUUUACUGCCCUUUGUUACGCCCUUGUUUUUGAGAUUUUCUUUCUAUGGGGAUCUCCUUAUCAACCUUUCCUUCACUGUUUUUCUGUCUUGUCAAUAAUUGUAGCCUACUGUAUGUGAUGUUUGUAUUUGUAUUUGUCAUUUAUGUUAUGUUGUAUCUGGUUGUUUUUUGUGACUUGUCCUCUGUUUUGUGUCACCUCGCGUCCUCUUUCUCCACAGCUUGUAGAGAAGGAAAAAGAGACAGUCGACUGGUGGAGUAAAUUAUACGCUUCAACUGGAGACCAGCAGAAAUGUGGCCCGUACCUCAAAAAAGGAUACGACAUCCUCAAAGUGUUUGACUGCGAGCUGGAGGACGUCCCAGAGUUCAAAGGGCUGACUGACUUCUGCUGCACCUUCAAACUGCUGCGGGGCAAAAAUGAAAAUGGGGAUGAUGACCCCAGUGUGGUUGGAGAGUUUAAGGGUUCAUUCAAGGUGUACCCUCUAUCAGAUGACCCUGGUGUUUCCCCCCCGCCCCGUCAGUUCAGAGAGUUGCCAGAGAGCGGACCUCAGGAGUGUCUGGUCCGGAUUUACGUGAUCCAGGCCAUCGACCUACAGCCCAAAGACAAUAAUGGCAGGUGUGAUCCGUACAUAAAGAUUUCUCUGGGAAAGGACACGAUUGACGACAGAGACCAUUACUUACCCAACACCACCACCCCUGUGUUCGGAAGGAUGUUUGAGACGACGUGUUUCCUGCCCCAGGAUAAAGACCUGAAAAUCUCCGUCUAUGACUACGAUAUGCUGACCCGUGACGAGAAGGUCGGCGAGACCGUGAUUGACCUGGAGAACCGCUUCCUGUCCCGAUAUAACUCCUAUUGCGGCCUGCCACAAACAUACUGCAUUUCUGGUAUCAACAAGUGGCGGGACCAGAUGAAGCCGUCUCUGAUUCUGGAGAACCUGGCUCGGAUGAAGGGCCUGUCCAAACCCAGGACCGAAGACAACGGCACAUCACUCUCCUUCAAUGGAAAAGAAUACACGUUGGCUGAGUUUGAGAACACCAACGAGAUCCACGAGCACUUGGGUCCCCCCCGAGAGCGCCUCUGUCUGCACGUGCUCAGAAAACAGGGACUGGUCCCCGAACACGUGGAGACCCGGACCCUCUACAGCACCUUCCAGCCCAACAUCUCCCAGGGAAAGCUCCAGAUGUGGGUGGAUGUUUUCCCGAAAAGCAUCGGACCCCCUGGACCUCCCUUUGACGUCACGCCGCGAAAGCCUAAGAAGUAUUUCCUGCGUGCGGUCGUCUGGAACACCACAGACGUGACUUUAGACGAGGCCAGCAUCACAGGAGAGCACAUGAGUGACAUCUAUGUCAAAGGCUGGAUGGCAGGCAUGGAGGAUGAGAAGCAGAAGACGGACGUCCACUACCGCUCUCUGGACGGAGACGGAAACUUCAACUGGAGGUUCAUUUUUGAGUUUGAGUAUCUGCCGGCCGAACAACUCUGCCUCGUGUCCAAGAAGGAGCGCUUCUGGAGUCUUGACAAAACCGAGUUCAGGAUUCCCCCCAAGCUCAUCGUUCAGAUAUGGGAUAACGACAAAUUCUCAUUGGACGAUUACCUGGGCACGCUGGAGGUGGAUCUGCGUAACCUGGUGCCUCCUGCCAAGACUCCAAAUAAAUGCUCUCUGAAGAUGAUGGAGGACCCGCAAAUGGGAUCUCCAGUCAAGAAGGAGAACGAGAAGUGUCUGUUCUCCCAGCAGUCCGUCAGAGGCUGGUGGCCCUGCUCCAUCGAACAGGACGGAGAGAAGGUCCUGGGUGGCAAAGUGGAGAUGACUCUGGAGAUCGUAGGUGAAGCAGAAAUAGAUGAAAAACCUGCAGGAAAAGGCCGGGACGAACCCAACAUGAACCCAAAACUGGACCCUCCCAAACGCCCAGAAACGUCCUUCUUUUGGUUCACAAACCCAUGUAAGACCAUGAAGUUCAUCGUGUGGCGAAGGUUCAGGUGCCUCUUCAUCGGACUCAUCAUCCUCAUCUUAGUGCUGCUCUUCCUCGGCAUCCUGUUGUACUCCUUACCGAACUACAUCGCAAUGAAGUUGGUGAAACCUUCGCAAUAACCCGACAAAGGAGAACUGGAAAACUGUCUAGAGGACGAUCACGUUGCGGCCAAACCACUGUCAAUAUCUUUUUAUUGCCUAUAGUAUUUUAUAAAGGUCUAAAUGGGGAAGGGGUGCUUGCACAUUUGCACUGUUAUCUUAUCAUGAACACUUAAUGACUACACUGUGAUGGACGUGACUAAUAACUAAUGUUUCCAAACACCGGGAAAACAGAAGCCCCUGUAUCAUUUAAUGCAAUACAACCGUCCUAAUUUAACUUUAAAAAUGUGUAAAAGGUUCACUUAUAGGAUUUUAGAUUGUGUUGUAGGGUGUCACUACUCGUAUGUUAAUGGGGUGAUCAAAUAAUAAAUGAAUAUAUAAUAACUGUUAAAAAAAGGUAGGAGUUAUUAGGACUGUUGUUUUUAUUGCAUUACUCUAUACAAGGGUUUCUAUUUUCUGCCUACUUAAAUGCCAAAAACAAUGUAAGACCUAAGUUACCAACAGCAUAAAAGUGUCUGUAUUUUGUACAUUACAUUCUCACUGGUCUUUUAAAUUAAAGUUAUUAAAAAUGUC